AUGUCCAAAUCCAAUGUUUUAAUUGCUGGUGCCGGCAUUGCUGGACCAGUUCUCGCCUUUUGGCUUUCAAGAGCUGGCAUGAGAUCAGUAGUAGUCGAACGCGCACCAGGAUUGCGGACUGCUGGACAAACAAUAGACAUUCGCGGUGUAGGCUUCGAAGUGGUACGUAGAAUGGGCCUCGAAGAACUUAUUCGCAGUAGAACCACUCGUGAACAAGGUAUCGCAAUAGUAGAUGCAUCAAAUCGAAAACGGGCGGAAUUUCCUGUAAGUCUACCUGGCGGAGGUCAGGGCUUCACUUCAGACAUCGAGAUAGUACGCGGUGAACUCGUUAAGAUUCUCUAUGAAUCAACCUGCAACAGCAACAAUGUAGAGUAUGUUUUCGAAGAUUAUAUCACGUCUAUUAAGGAUCACGGCGAUCGUGUAGAAGUUGGUUUUGCAAAGGGCUCUGUCCGUGAGUUCGAUCUAGUGGUUGCAGCAGAUGGAAUGCACUCGAAAACACGUCGUCUUGUGUUCGAUGGGCAGUCUUCGCUUCGUCCUCUUGGCCAGCACGUGUGCUAUUUUACGAUUCCAUAUCACGAAUCAGAUGGUACUUGGGCACGCUGGUACAAUGCACCAGGUGGUAGAACUAUUUUACUGCGGCCAGAUAAUCUUGGAACAACUCGUGCACUUCUGGCAAUAACGAGCAAUUCUUCAGAAGCAUACGAAAAACUUGAUGUAAAGGCACAAAAGGAAGCGAUACACAAGAUAUUUGCCGAUGCUGGAUGGGAAGCUUCUCGUGUUCUUUCAGCGAUGGAUGCAGCGUCUGAUUUCUAUUUACAAGAAAUUGCGCAAAUCAAGAUGGAACAUUGGUCGAAAGGUCGAGUUGCUCUCUUAGGUGAUGCAGGAUAUUGUCCUUCGCCUAUAAGUGGUAUGGGAACAAGCCUAGCAAUCGUCGGAAGUUAUAUUCUCGCAGGAGAGCUUGCUCGUUGCAAAAAUCAUCAGGAUGCAUUUGCUUCUUAUGAAAGUCUUAUACGUCCCUAUGUCGACAAGGCACAAAAGCUACCUCCUGGAGCGCCGCAAAUUGCUAAUCCUCAGACUCAAUUUGGGAUUUCCCCUAAACCACCUGAGGCACUUGGUCGCAUAACUAUUUACAUCCGAAAGCCAUCUCCAGAUGAUGAUGAUGACCGCAAACCCCCUCUACGUGUUUAUAUUCCUGCUGCUCGCUAUUAUGCGCGACGAUUUCCUUUGAAAGGUCCAUUUUUAAAUUUCAUGCUCUCAACACCUAUCUUUGCCAAUCGAGCAACUCAAGAAACAAUUAUUUAUUCACCGUCACGAGUUUACAUUCUACCUGCAUUGACUGAUGGUCGUGGCAAACUAUAUUCGAUAGCCAGACUUAUUGCAACAGGUUAUGCUAGUUUCACCGCGGAGGAAAUGCAUUCAUCCAAGUCAAUUGAUGUGAAUACUUAUUUUCAAUCAAGCGCAGUUACUGGUGCUCGUGUUCCAAAAAUAGACACUCAAAGAGGUGGUUUUUCGAGUGGUCUCCGUGUCAACGUUGAUUCUUUUGGUAUUUAUGGCGAUGAAGACAUGAAUGAUGAUAGUGACGAGUACUAUGAAGAGGAUAAUGAUAAAAACAACAAGCAUCAUCAUACAUAUGAUAAACCACGUCACCGGAAUUCAAAAGACGACUCAUCAGAAACGACAAUAACAUCAACCAAGAAGACCACAAGUGUAUCAACAGCAACAAAGAAAUCAGUUCCACAUUACGAUCAUGCUGGUGUUAAUUUUACAUUGAUUCUCGAAUACAUUUUUCCAUAUCCUCAAUCUAAGAAACCCGUUAUUGGCAUUAACGGUACAUCUCCUGGUCCAUUGAUUGAUGUGUUCGAAAAUGAUACAGUUAUAAUUCGAGUCAUUAAUCGAUUAGAUGUUCCUACAGCCAUUCAUUGGCAUGGUGUUCGACAAAUAGGUACACCAGAUAUGGACGGUGCUGUUGGAUUAAGUCAGUGUGCUAUACCUCCAGGACAUGAAAUGAUUUACAAGUUUCAAGCAACACCAGCAGGAUCAACAUGGUAUCAUGGACAUCUUCUUGAACAACUCACAGACGGAUUAUUUGGACCAUUAAUUAUUCGUCGUCGCCCGGAAUCAUAUUCAGAUUUGUAUCAAAGCGAACAAAUACUUACAAUCGCAGAUUGGUACAAUAUUCCUGCGCACACGGGACUAGUCCCCUAUCAUUAUAGUCCAACAAAUCCUUUUGGUCUUCCUCCUCCACCAGAUGCUAUUGUGGUAAAUGGUAGUUUUACUCAGUCGUUGGUCAUUCCAGCUAAUGGUUCAGAAGUUAUUCGAUUUCGUGUAAUAUGUGCUACUGCAUUCUCAAUGUUUACAAUAUCAAUUGAUGGUUUGCGGUUAUAUAUUAUUGAAGUCGAUACAACAACGACCAUACCUUAUGCAGUCGAUUCGUUUACAGUAAAUGUUGCCCAACGUGUUUCAUUCUACGUUAACUUGACCGAAUUAGAUCCGACUUAUAAUUCAUCCGGUACCCCAUCAGUUUAUAUACGAAUACAAGCUAAUGAGGCAGUCUAUGCUCAAGACGUUCCUCAUUUUAUUCCUCCUUACGAAAAUCGAUGUUAUCCUUAUCCAACUUUCUUCACUUCAUUGUAUCUUGCCGUUUUAUCACUUGAUUCAACAAACUCAGCACCAACAUAUGCAGCUAGUUCAGCGACUCCAAUCCUAUCGAAUGUUAGUCCUCCACUGGAUACAAAUAUUCUAGAUGCUCGACCUCUAAUUCGAAAUGCAGACGGAAUUCCAGAUUCAACUCAUUACUGUUAUAUUGAGGUUACAUUUGGUGCCGAUUCAGAUGGAUAUGGUGUUGCAUUUGUGAAUAACGUCACAUAUAGUUCAGAUGCAAAUUAUAUGCAUAUGAGAGAUGAUCCACCAGCGGGAUUUACUUCGGACUUAUAUGAACCCUUAGUCUUUCAAAUGGUCAGAAAGGCUGGUCAAUUAGCAAUUCCAUCACCUCUUCUUCAAGCGGGAAACGAUUUGCCAGUUAUUCAAAGUGAUCAAAACGGACAUUACUUAAUCCCUUAUCAAGCUGUUGUUGAUAUUCUUAUAAACAACACAGCUGGUGGUGAACAUCCUUUUCAUUUACAUGGCCAUAAUUUUUGGAUUGUCUCAUCAUCGGACUAUCCCGAAGCUGAAAAGCUGUAUGCAGGAGACUAUAUUCAACGUGAUACUGUCAGUGUACCAGCAGGCGGUUGGGCUAAAAUUCGAUUUGUAGCCGAUAAUCCUGGUGCUUGGUUCUUUCAUUGUCACAUCGAAUGGCACAUGGCAGAUGGACUAGCUGUAGCUAUCAUUGUUGCACCUGAACAGCUUUUGACUAAUGGUUAUAAUAUUCCACAAAGUGGACAAAAACAGUGCGAAGCACUACAACGAUUCAAUACGACUUAUGACCCUGUAUUACCCUCAAAUUAA